AUGAACGCUGUCUGGCAUUUCCUGUUGGCAACCAGCGUCAUCAAUUUAGCCGCGUCUGAUGUGGACGUAAAUAUCACCAACCACUGGGACACUGGUUUUGAAGGAUCCAUCUGUAUUGUUGUUACCAAGGAACUGGAUGGCUGGACUGGUCAUCUCAUUUUCUCAGAGGACGUAGACACGGUGGAAUCUUGGGCAGCGAAGGUCACCAAGUUGUCCGGCAAAGAGUUUGUCUUUGAAAGCAACUCCUUCAUCGCUCAGCAACAUGUGGGAGCUCAUCUUUGCUUUGCUUUCGAAGCUCAUGUAGGAGGAAAUAUUGUUCCUAAGGCCACUUUUUACAUCGAAGGGAUGGACGGUCAUGGGGUUAAUUCUUCAACUUCUCAAAACACAGGAGGAGGAACUCCAUCCAAGAACUAUGCAGAGGCACUGGGCAAGUCCAUCUUGUUCUAUGACGCUCAAAGAUCUGGAAAACUCCCUGCAAACAACCCAAUCAAAUGGAGAGGGGACUCUGCCCUGGACGACUGUGUUCCCGGUGGCUGGUACGAUGCUGGCGACCAUGUAAAGUUCGGUCUACCUAUGGCCUCGACCACCACGCUUCUCCUCUGGUCACUCUACGCCUUCAAGGAUGGCUAUGUCAAGGCUGGUCAGCUAGAUAUGAUGUACGACAUGAUCAAGUGGCCCCUGGACUACUUCCUCAAGGCUUGGAACCCAACCACUAAGGAGCUAACUGCCCAGGUGGGAGAUGGGAAUGUUGACCACAAAUUCUGGGGCCGGCCCGAGCAGAUGACGAUGGCUCGGCCUUGUCUGAUAAUUAGUGAGUCUUCGCCGGGUAGUGACGUGGCAGCAGAAACAGCAGCCUCUCUCGCCCUUGGCGCAAUCGCGUUCAAAGAUAAAGGGGACACUGCCUAUUCUACCCAGCUUUUGAAUGCGGCGGAGAGUUUGUACGCUUUUGCCAAGGCUAAUAGGUAG